GGAAGUAGAAACCACCUAGAGACUCCCGCAGAUUCGUCACCAACUGUCUCCGCUCGUUGUGACUUAAAUAAUACUUUUCCCAAAAUUUUGUAGGUUCUUUCAGGACGAUAAUGCUGGAUGGUUGCGCUCAUGAAAUUCACCCGAAACAUUUGUCGUCUGCUGGGACUCGGAGGGAGCGGCCCUCUAGUCCAGCAGAACGACGAAAAGAUGGACUGUGUUACCGCGACCUCUGACCCCAGCGACGAUGCCCUUUUGUCACAGCAAGUGUUCAACGGAGAGGAGGACCUGAGUGAAGAGGAGAAGGUCAAACGCAGAACAGAGCGCCGUAAAGCCAAAAGGAAACGGCGUAGAAAGCGAAAGAAGCAGGUGAAGUCAAACGAGAGUCCCGAACAGGAUGAGGACGACGGAGGGGCGGAGUCUGAGCUAGAAGACAGUGAGUCAGAAGUGGAAGGUAAUGUGGAAGUGGACAAAGAGAAAGAGGAGAAAAAGGAGUCCAAUGUGGAUGCAUCGCUCAAGACCUCUCCAGUAAUGUCGUCUCCUAAAGAGAUGAGCACAUCUACUGAAGAGGAGCCAGAGUGGGAUGUGAGCAGUGCCUUCUUUGCAAAUGCUGCUAGUCAUAUCAAACCCAAAGGAUCAUGCCGCAAGUCCAAAGAGAACAAGGAAAAUGAAGGUCGGAGAGAGACUAAUGGAGUCGACACCACUAAGAAGAGUGCAUCACUAACAGAGAAAGGAAUCAAACUAGUGCAGGAGGGUCAAUACUCACAAGCUGUUAGCAUGUUUACAGAAGCCAUCAAAUGUGACCCAAAAGACUACAGGUUCUUCGGGAAUCGCUCUUACUGCUAUUACUGCUUGGAGCAGUACCCUCAGGCCCUGGCUGAUGCCGAGCGCUCCAUUCAGCUUGCCCCCGACUGGCCCAAAGGACACUUCCGUAGAGGCAGCGCUCUCAUGGGCAUGAAGCGGUACAGUGAGGCCGAAAAAGCCAUGGAGCAGGUGCUGAAACUGGACCGAGACUGUGAGGAAGCCGUGAACGACCUUUUUAACUGUAAAGUGUUGCAAUUAAUGGAGCUGGGUUUUGAGGAGAUGCAGAGUGUACUACUGUUGGAAAAACUCCAGACUGUGCAGGCUGUUUUGGCAUCUGGUUCUGACGCUGCGAGGGCUGGCAGCCAAGAUCACUCUGUUAUACAACCUGGAAGCCCGUGUCCUUCACUCUGGGUGGGGAACGUGACAACUGAACUAACUGACAAACACCUGAGGGACCUUUUUGGAAUGUAUGGUGAGAUCGAGAGCAUUCGUGUGCUGCAUGAGAGAUUCUGUGCCUUCGUCAACUUUAAGAACGCAAACAUGGCCACUCGCGCCAUGGAGAAAUUGAACGGUUAUUGUAUUGAAAACACAAGACUUGUGGUGCGUUAUCCGGACCGCCGCACUCAGAAAGUUCUCCCUAUUCCUCUUAAGACGUGUCUCCCUGUCAUGCAGCAGACAGGUGCAAUUGCUGGACCUAGACGGCGAGGUCCUGUCAACGGAGAUGAGUGUUACUUCUGGAGAACCACCGGCUGCCAUUUCGGGGACAAGUGUCGCUACAAACACAUUCCUGAUCAAAAAGGCAAAGACAGGAAGCCGUGGCUCCCGUAGACCACCUUCAUUUCUGCAGUGUAAAGGAAACAAGGAUGCACAGACUCAGGAACUAAGUGGACCAGGUUCAGUGGGCUUAAAAAGUAUUUAAACCUGAAGCGCGGACUGGCGUAGCCGGGACUCGGGUUCAUCCACAUGCACCACACAAACUGUCCAAUGUUUAUCAUUUAUCAGGCUUUAGUUAUUUAGAUUUGAUGUCGAAAACACUCUUAGGACACGUGACCUCGGGUCCAAUAUUAGUUUGACUAUAAUUUAUAUUUAUUGCAGGGCUGUAUUGAAAAAAAUAAUGUUUUACAGAACUGGUGACAAGUGAACUGUGCCAUCUGUGCCAAUCUUUUAGCGCCUUGUCCCAAGUUGAUUUAUUUUAGAUAUUUUCAGAGCCCUCUGAUUUCCACUUUAUUGCUGCAAUAUUUCAGUGCCAUGAAGGUUUCCAACCUAAAGCUUUCAUUUUUAUAAACCAUAUUCAUUUAAAGUUUGACAAUAAUUCUAGAACACUGUAUAAUUUUAUCCUUGGAAACCACCCAGUGCUCCGUAAGUACUGAAUUAGCUUUACCGUUCAAAUGUUGAGAGAGAAGAUGUUUAAGUUAAGAGAUUAAAAAGUCAUUACUGUGGCCGUAUACUUUUAAUUCACCUUUGAGUUUAAGGUAUCUUUACUUGGGUACAGAAGAAACGCUCAGUUUGUUGGAACACGGCCUUCAAAAUAAAAUGUAUUGCAAGGGAUAAAGAGUUUUGUUGAUCCUAAUUUAGCCACACCGUAAUAUGAUGUUGUUUAAGAUUCCUGAUUUACCUUAACAUUAUGACCAUCACACUAAUCUGUUCCUAUUUUGCUGCCCAAAAAUCUCUAAUCUCACAUGACGGUGUCAAACUUGGAAGUAAAGAUGAAACCUACAGAAAGAGCUGUGGUGUCAAGCUACUUUUGUUGUGGUCUUUAAAUGUCUAACUGUUUAAUAAUAUAUGCAGGAUAAAUGCAAGAGUGAGACAUAACAUGCAAAACUAAUGUUCACCCUUGUUAGUUUCCUACAGCCUGUAAUCCCUUAAGAAAAUCCUACAGAUGAGUGUGCAGGAGACAGUGCACUUAGUUUUGUUAACAGUGUUUAUGAGCCUUUUCGUCCUCAUUUCAGUGAACCAAAGAACCGUCUCUGGAAUCUGCCAUUGUUUAGAUAUUUCAUCAUCAGUGCAUGGAAAGUCAGGGGUCUGUGUCAUCUGGCGUUAGGGGUGUAUUUAAAUCCACACUAUGUACUCGAGUAAACACACACACGGUGACAGUAUUUAUUUUUGUAUUUAUAGCUAAUGAUUUCAUUUAAAAAAACAAUAUCUGUGCCUGAUGUCCUGCAAAUUUGCUUCCUCAUGGCAGUUAAGCGCCCAAAGUAUGUCUCUAACAACAAGCAUUAUAACGCCUCCACUUCUGCUUUAUGUGUCCUGUUCUGUGGUUUAUUUCGACAGCGAAUAAGAGAGGUGAUGACUCAGCAAUUUAAAUUGUGACAUUUUAAACAAGAUUUAAAAAAGAGAAUUGGUUGUUUUAUGUCUUGUUCUUUUUCACUCUGUUUCUUUCAGGCAAGUGUAUUUGUAUUGUGCACUUCAUGUUGCAAGCAUGUUAGUCCCCCAAAUAUUUUUGUAUUGUUCUUAUUGUUACUGCACUGCACAAAGAGUCUUUUGUAUUUAAUAAAUAUAUUU